GAGGGUGACAUCCGGGUACUGGUGUUUCCGACCUGUGACCUUUCGAGUGCUUGUUGUGCGACUUGUGAUGGUUCCGUCCGGUGAGGUCGGUCCGAGUGUGGGGUAAUAUUGAAUAUAAAUGAGCAACAUUCUUUAAACCUGAUGAUAGACGAUGCCUCCUGUGCGUCGGUCAAGGAGUGGCAGCCCAGACUCAUCCUUCAGUCCUAAGAGAAGGCGGCACAGCAGCAGCAAUGACAGUAGGUCCCGUAGCCCUCCAGUAAAAUGUAGCAGUCAUCACUUGGGUCUCAGGCAAUCUCCAUCAGUUGACAAAAAGCUUAGAAAAUCCAGAUCUAGGUCAAGAGAAAGAUCCAGCACACACAAGCAUGAAAAUGGUGUACAUCGUUCAAGGUCAAGAUCAAGAGAUCAGAAUUCUCGUUCCUAUCAUGGGCACUAUAACAAGCUUUAUAUGGCACAUUAUGGAAAAGAGCAAGAAGAUUUACUCCAACAGAGACAUGAUGCCUUUAUUGCCAGGCGUCUAAAGGAACGAGAAAGAAUUGGAGAACUUGGUGCACCAGAAAUAUGGGGACUGUCUCCAAAGUUCCCGGAACCAGAUUCAGAUGAGCAUACUCCAGUCGAGGGUGAGCAAGGCGAGAAGAGCAGUGGUUCAGACUCCAGUACAGAAGAGGAAAAAAAGAAGAAAAAGAAAAAAAGGAAGAAGAAUAAAAAGAAGAAAUCAAAAAAGAAAAAGCAUAAACAUUCAGAAGAAAGUGAAUCAGAUUCUGACAGUGAAAGUGACUUAACUGAUCAAGAUAAAAAGAAAAAGAAGAAGAAGAAGAAGAAAUCCCAUAAAAAAAAGAAGCCAAAGAAAACAAAAAAGAACAAGAAGAAAGUGUCAGAAUCCAGUAGUGACGAAUCUGAGGAAGAAAAUUCACAUGAAGCUAUCUGGGUAGAAAAAACACGUGCAAAUGAGGAGAACACCUUGUAUGGACCUGAAGCUCCAAUGCAACAGGCUGCUCAAGAUGAUAAGCCUUUGAAUUACGGUCACGCUCUGCUUCCUGGUGAAGGGGCUGCCAUGGCUGAGUAUGUGAAAGCCGGGAAGCGUAUUCCCCGAAGAGGUGAAAUCGGUCUGACCAGCGAACAGAUUGCUUCCUUUGAACAUUCUGGUUACGUAAUGAGCGGUAGCAGACAUCGCCGUAUGGAGGCUGUGCGUCUCCGUAAAGAGAACCAGAUUUACAGUGCGGAUGAAAAGAGAGCCCUAGCUUCAUUUAACAAAGAGGAACGACUAAAGAGGGAGAACAAGAUCCUCUCUGGCUUCAGGGAGAUGGUGCAAAGAAAGACUAAGGGCAAGGAAGAAAAAUAGAGAUUAAUUUUUAAAUAGUUUCUAUAAUAUUUAAAACCUGGGAAUGUGCAGCAGCUCAGUCACUCGAAAGAGGUUUGCUUUUCAGAUGGUUGAUUAUAAUGCUGGCCAUUUUCAGAUUUUAUUUUUAAUCUUCAUUUUCAGCAUCUAAAAUGCUUUUGUUCAAAAUCUUAAUAUAAUCUGGAUGUUUCAAGCUUGUUUUCACUGUAGUUGGUUCAAAUUGAAUGUUAAUAUUAUAUACUUAACCUUAAUUUCCUAUCACCUUUCUAGUUUUGUAUAAACUUUAGCUCAGUGCUAAUUUGAUGUAAAGUUAUGAUAUUAAAAUGAUUAAUAUAG